GGAAGAAGAUGUCGGAAACAGCCGCCCGUUUGCAGAACCACAACGAAGAGAUGGUCAAGUGCCUCAAUACCUUGCGCCAACAGCGGAAAGCACUCGAGGAGCGGAUAACGACGCAAGAGAAACAGAAAGCACACCUUCGGAAGGACAUAGAUAAAUUACAACGAGCGUUGGGCGAGGUGGAAAGUUCGAUAGCAGAUGAUACGCGUAAGCUGAACGAGUGCUCGAAACGGCUAACGGAAACGGAAGCCGGGUACCAGAAAGUGGUAGACACGUUACAACUGUUGCUGUUGUCCGCGAAGGAGAAAGGAAAACUUCCCGACGACUGAAUGGUGCCCCGUUUUGUGUUUAGUUUAGAUUUAGUUUUAUUAUUUUCCACUGCAUACUAUCACAUUUCGGUAUAGGAAAGAUAAAU